UCCUCUUCCUUUAAGUCGGUCUCCUGCGCCACCGGGUCUGGGUCUGCUCGGACCAUGGCGCUGCGCUCCCAGCUCCUCGCUGUAUACGUGGCGUUUUGUUGCGCGGCUUUGUUGAAGUCGUCGCUCGGCAGCAGCUCCAAUGUUUUGUCCCUCAUGCAGCCGUAUGAUUUCCUGUAUUACAGCGGGGUCCGGGCUUAUUACGGAGAGGAGUGGGGAAAGGCUGCGGAGCUGCUGGAGAGGUCCAUCGGAACCAAGGAGACCCUGCAGAGAGUCCGCAGACAGUGUCACCAGAACUGUGAGGCAGCUGGCUCUGACGCUUUCAAUAAACUUGAUUCUGAGGAGGGGCACAUGUGGGACCUCUGGGCCUUGGACUGGGUUCAGCAGAGGGCUGAGUGUUUGAGGUUCUGUAUCGGACAAUCUGUCUCACCUACGGCUCAGCUUCCUGUUUCCACUGACAUCGAAUAUGAAUUUGACAUCCGCAACCCCUACAACUUCCUGCAGGUCACUUUCUACAAGCUGGAAAAGUUGAAAAAGGCGGCCACAGCAGCUCACACCUACUUUGUGGCCAACCCGAGUCACCUGGAGAUGAGAAACAACAUUGAGAAGUACAGACGGAUGGAGGGCGUGACGGAGGAGGAUUUCCAGGACCGGGAGGCGGAGAAAGAGAGACACUGGAUCCAGUAUGAUGCAGCUCUCCAGCACGAAACCUCCUCUGACUGGAAGCAGGCGGCGGAGAAGUGGAAAGCUUGUGUGACCGAGACUCUGCGGCAGACGGAAGAGUGCAGGGUGCAGUGUGAGGUCACCCCGCAGCGGCUGCCCGAGGACCGCGGGGUGGACAGCGUGGACGGGGUCUUCGAGAAGGCUGCAGCUCUUUCUCUGUCUCUGCUGAUGUGCCGUCAGUCCUGCGUGACUCAGGUCGCCACACGACCCGGGAGGAUAUCUGCUCAGGAGGACUUCCUGCCGACGCAGCUGGAGCAUCUGCACAUUUCACAGUUUAAAUCUGGUGAUGUUCGUGGAGCCCUGCAGAGUCUUCACUCCUAUCUCUUGUUUUACCCCGCUGAUAAGGACUCCUUAGACAACCUGCAGCUCUACCAAGAGACACUAGGGGGCGACGCGGAGUCACAAGAUGCACAACCUGCUCAGGAGAUUGUCACAUACAUCAGUCGGUCCUUGCAGGAGAAGAAACUGCUUUACUUUGGUGUGGAGAACCUGGAGUUCAGUUUCACAGACCCAGACCUUUGGACUCCAGAAGAUGUUGUGCCUGAAUCAAUAAGGGAAGAUUGGAGAGUGGAAAAAGAGAAAUUAAAUAAUAAAUUAAAAGAAGGAAACCAGCUGGAAGAAGUGGAUGAUAGUGGGUUUUUUGCAGGGGGUGCAGUCCCUCAGGUGGGUGUGACCAUAGCCAUGGACGACGAAGCUCUGAACGGGACCAAUCGAGUUCUCUUCGAUGGAGUCAUGACUGAGAAGGAGUGUGGCCAAACACUGCAGUUAGCAUCUGUUGCAGCAUCUCUCGGAGAUGGUUACCGAGGACGGCGCUCUCCACACACACCUCACGAGACUUUCGAAGGUCUUACUGUCCUUAGGGCCGCUAAGCUGUCUCAGGAAGGCCUGGUCAACCAGUCGGAUGCUAUGUUGCUACACGAGCUGGGCGAAAGAGUGAGAGCGCUGCUGCACUCGUACUUCAGGAGCCCCUCAGAACUUUUUGUUUCUUUUACACACUUGGUGUGCCGUAGUGCCAUUGCAGGUGAUCAGGAAGGCAGGCUGGAUCUGUCACACCCUAUUCAUGUUGACAACUGUCUUCUUGAGCCUGAAACCAAGCAGUGUUGGAAGGAACCGCCUGCGUUUAUACACAGAGAUCUCAGUGCCAUUCUAUACCUGAAUGAUGACUUUGAAGGAGGCGAGUUCUUCUUCACUAAAAGAGAUGCCAAGACGGUAUCGGCUCGAGUUAAGCCCAGUUGUGGUCGAUUGCUGGGUUUUUCCUCAGGCCAAGUAAAUCCACAUGGUGUUACUGCUGUGACAAAAGGCCGGCGGUGCGCGCUGGCCCUGUGGUUCACUAAAGAGAAGCUCUACAGGGACAUGGAGCGAGAGGAAGCAGAGGCCCUGUGGGCAUCAGAUGGGCAUAAAGUGCUAAAAAAUGUCGAGGAGGAGGAGGGCAGCGCCACUGCAGGCCGUAACGCUCGAAGCCAUGCGCCUAAAGAAAGGAGCAGAGAGCGAAGAAGGGUGACGGGGGGAAAGGAUGAGCUAUGAGAGCUGGAAAAACCUUAGACACUGAAACCUUCUAUGUACAUUCUUCUGGAACAGUCUACCAUCUAGUGGUACCACGCCAUUUAUACUAAAUCUGCAGUUUUUACUCGAACGUUUUU